GCAUAGAAACACCUUCUCCAGCCACUGCUUUGUUCUCAAAUCUCAAGAAUGUUUGCUUUUCUUAAGUACUAUUUGCUUGAAUGAAUUGGGUCUUAUCUUAGUGGGAGUAAUGGGUAAUCUUUUCUGUUCAGUUCCUUCAAAUUAAAACAAAAUUUAAGUUGGUUUUCUCUCAAAGGCAGGAAAGUAUGUUUUUUCUUAGCUUACCCUGAGGGGUUUUGGUUUUCAUAUUAGAAAGAUGAGACCAAGGACGACUCUCUAGUCCUUCCCAUCUACUCAUCCUUAGAUGUCUUGGUUUCAGUCUCAAAUCAAGGAAAAAGAUGAUACUUGUAACUUUCCACCUGGUAUUUCUCCUCUUUCUUCUUAUUCCUCAUUCAGAUCUCCUCAUAGUAGUAAUGAUCAGAAUGGAUCAACCCCAUCAUCAUCUGGUAGAAGAAUCAGUCUAAUUGUUCUUUUAAUCAUAGUUAUUCUAGCUGUUAUAUUCUCCAUAUCUGGUCUGCUCCACCUGCUCGUUAUAUUCCUCAUAAAGAAACCAUCUUCCUCAUCAACUUCUCAGUCUAAUAGGUACCUAGAUUUGUCUGGCUCUGAUGCUCUACAAAGACAGUUACAACAGUUAUUCCAUCUCCAUGACUCGGGUCUAGAUCAAGCUUUCAUAUAUGCUCUCCUUGUUUUCCCCUACAAAGAGAAAAUGGGUCUAAAAGAACCCUUCAAUUGUGCUGUUUGCCUCUGUGAAUUUUCAAAACAAGACAAACUUAGAUUGCUUCCCAUACGUCGCCAUGCUUUUCACAUCAACUGUAUAGACACUUGGCUCCUGCCAAACUCAACAUGCCCUCUUUGCAGAGGAACCCUCUUCACCUUUGGCCUUUCUAUUGAAAACCCAAUUUUUGAAUUUGAUGAUCCAAUGGAGGAGGAUGGGAUUCCCACUGAUAGAGAGGAUAGGUUCCUUUUCUGCGCUUCAAUUAGGAUUUCUCAAAUGGGAGGGAAAGAGGGUAAGAGAAAAGAUAGAAAAUGGGAAACACGAUUUUUGCCUUAG